AUGGCGUCAGAAUCCAGAGAAGAAGGAUUAUCCCUUACUGUCCGCUUCAAUGUUGGUGGGACAAAGUAUGAGGUCUCACGGUCCCUCCUGUCACAGCACCAGGACACAGUGCUAGCUAGAAUGGCAUCGGCAACCUGGCAAAGAAAUCCCCAUAUUGAGAUCUUUGUGGAACGUGAUGGUGGUAGAUUCAAGUUUGUGCUGGAUUAUAUGCGAGAUGGUCAAGUGAUCUUGCCAGCCUCAGGACAAGUUUCCAAAGAGAGUCUCUUGAAUGAGUUGAUGUACUUUGGAUUUGACACAGCAGACCCUUCUAGAAUCAAAGUGGAAUUUGCCCACCUAGAAGAACCCAUGCCUAUGAGUCGCAUCACAGCAGAUCACAUUGAAAAAAUGCAAGAGCUCUACAAUAAGCGUGACAAGCUGGACAUUGAGAUUUCAGCCAACAUUGUGGCUCAUGCUUGCUGUGUACGGUACACAACCACUGGCAAUUUGAAUGUGAUCUUUAGUGCCGUUUCGGAUGAUCACCUAGACUUGGAGGUUUCUGACGCCGUGGAGUGUGCCAACUUGUUCAACGAUGCACAAGAAACCCUGAUCGCCGCUCUGAACCGGGUACUUGCAAAGUAUGGGUUUCGGGCAGCCGAAUUUCAGAUAUCGCACCGCAAAGGUGAGCCGGAAGUCAGAGUGGAUCUCUCCAAGCAUGUUUGCUUGCUCCUUUGA